CAUCGCCCUUCUGUGGUGUUGUAGUUUUGGAAGAUGCAGUUUUGGAAUUGUCAGGAGGUGUUGGCUUGAGGCUUGGCGAACAUGAUGCCAGCCUCUCUAACGGGGGGCUCGUUCCUCUCGGCUCUUCUUCCUGGCUCCCUGUGGCAUUCUCUUUCUUGUCCUUUUAUCUUACGGCUUUGCUUGAUCACUGCCUGUUGAUCAUACUCUCGCGUUCAUAGCUCUUUUCACCACACAUCAACUUCUCUACCCCCCCUCCCCCCCCGGGGGGGUCAAUUUGACGCUGUCAACUUAAUAAUGACAGUUUCUCAGACCUUGGAAAACGGACAGCCGCCUUUUGAUGAGCAAAUUCAGGCCCCAGAGUCCUGUGUUGCUUGCCAACGCACAAACAAGAAAGUCUGGACUUGCGUCCAAUGUGGGCAUUAUACCUUUUGCGAUGACUACUGGGACAAAGAGCACCCUCAUGGUCCUGGUGCUAGGGGUUUUGACAACCGUCCACACAGAAAGGUUGACCCGGCAGUUGUUGAACGUCUUGAACGUAUCUUCGGCGAGGGGAGGACUAAGGAAGAACAAGCAGAAUUAUUCGAUACUGAUGCGGAACCAUGUGCUUUGGUGUGAACAAGAGCAGCAAUGA